AUGCUCUCAAAAUCCCAGUCGGUGGAAGAGCUAAGAUAUGCCACGAAUAACGACAGUCUCUCAUUGACUCUCUUCCCCGACCCUCCUGUUGAGCGGUCCAUCUCUGAACCAGACAAUGGGCGGACCCCUUCUCCAGAUGCCCAAACUUCGGGCUCGUCUUCUCCCACUUCAUCUCAAUAUCAAACAGACACGUUUCCUUCUCCCACCCAAGAUUCAAUAACCAGCCCCGGGUCUAGUCUCAAUGUCAUUAGUCCCUUGAAUAAUAGUUACUUCUUCCAGGGGAAAAAGGGGGAUGAUGUCGAUAUAACUCACAGUCCAACAAACCCCAGCCUACUCCACUUACCUAAUAGGAGGCAGGGAUUUAUCAGAAGUCCAUCUCCAGUCUCCCCUCAUAGUAGAUUCUCGUCUCCGGAUCGCUUUCUUCCCAUUCGGGAACCGCACACUUCAGAGGUAUCCCCAUUCCGUCUAAAUAAGAAUCCACGUCUUCUUUCUCCUGGAGAAAAGCUGCUCCGGCGACAAGACCCAAGAGCAGAUCCAUUUGCUCCAUACCAGCCAAGGAGAAGUGUUGUUGGGUCCAGGUCAAAUCGGUCUUUGGACCGUAGAGACACUCCUCACCACCUUCCACGGCAUGUCAGUGAUACCUCCGUUUACGCCAUGAAUGACAGGUCAGCUGGUAGCAGAAACCAACGACAGAUCAGCGCGGGAGCAGUCUGGAGCGUGGGAGGAACCUUUGCUGCAACCGGAAGUGCUCCUGUAGGGGUACAAGAUGGCCACGGAGGGCUGCUUUCGACGGGGUCAAGUGCUCCGAUGUAUGUCGCCAAUUUUCUGGAUAAGGAUACGCAUGCCCAACAUCUCAAACGGCAUGAAGCUCGUCUUGCAGCUGCAUUGGAUAUCGAUCAAGCUACUAAAGUCUUAAAUUUUGGUGAUACUGCAUCCUAUCCAGAGCAUAUACAUACCACGGGGGACUCUCUGCGUGGACAGUACCCUUCUUACUUAUGGAAAAACAGUAGCUGGGUGAGAGCCGAUACUAGCACACCAAAGAAAAUCGUAUGCAAACCAAAACGAGAAGCCGUUCCGUCAACACCUUUCCGAGUUCUAGAUGCACCUCUUUUACGGGACGACUUCUACUGCUCCACCCUGGCGUAUUCCUAUACUGCUCGCAUGCUUGCUGUCGGCCUGAGUAGUCGUGUGUACCUUUGGUCGGAGCUGCUUGGGGUACAAUAUCCGCCAUUGACUCCCCAUUUAGCUUCAAACUACGUGACAUCUCUUUCCUUUUCUUCAUCACAGGGAGGAAAUAGCAUCUUGGCCGUUGGCCGACAUGGUGGUCAAGUUUCUCUAUGGAGCACCUUCGAUACCGUGGUUCGUUUUGAGUUUUACCAACCCAAUUCGGUCUCCUGUGUCUCAUUUAAACAAACCCCUACCAAAAGGCAUUCGGCACGUUUUCAGUGUUCAUUUGUUGACACUGAGGAUUUGGUUGUUGGAGAUGAUGCAGGAAUUGUGUGGUACUAUUCCGUGGAAUGGACAGAUCCAAAAUCAAGAGAACUUCACGGGUGGAACGGAUCUACGACCCUCAUCGCGAAGAUUUCCGCUCACACUCAACAAAUAUGCGGCCUGGUAUGGUCUCCAGAUGGCAAAUACCUUGCAACAGGAGGAAAUGACAACGCUUGCCUCUUGUUUGAUAUUUCAGACGUCCUAGGAAAGGAGGGCGAGCGCGGACAGCUCCACACCCCGGGCCAGGCGUCAGAUCAGCCAACGUCAAGCCAAGCUCGAAGCAAUCUACCUCGGUUUCCAUACCGCUCUCAAUUAAAUCGAAUCUUUGACUGGAGUCACAUCAAUCAGUUAGCCCUACCCAUAUCGCUGGCUGGUGGUGGUUCGCGUGCAACACGCUCUCAUUCCCCAUUAAAUAGAACCAGCAACCCAAUAUCCGGACAAUCUCAGGCUAUUUUCGUACCGGCAAACCGCCAGAAAUAUAAAUUCCCGCACUCAGCCGCAGUGAAAGCAAUGGCUUUCGCUCCUUGGCAGCCGUCUCUCUUAGCUACUGGUGGUGGCUCAAAUGAUCGUUGCAUUCAUUUCUACCACACAGGAUCAGGGGCCUGUCUUGCAACAAUCAACGUCCAUGCUCAGGUUACAAGUCUCAUUUGGAGCAAAACACGGCGCGAGAUAGCAGCGACUUUCGGAUAUGCACAACCGGAGCACCCCUUUCGAGUAGCCGUUUUCGCGUGGCCCAGUUGCCAGCAGGUUGUAGCUAUCCCUUGGACGCCAUCGUCUGAUGGCGGACCCGGCAGCACCGAUUCUGACAAUUCAUUCGAUUGUGGUCGGGCUCUAUGGGCAAUCAGCUAUCCGGGGGGUCCUAACGAUACGGCUUAUGUUGGAGGGGACGAUCGUAUGCCAUCCACCUCAUCGACCAACUCUACCAUUAGACCCGCUGCUCCAGGUGUCACCGUCGGAGGCGAUACCAACCGACCUGUGUUUCCUGGGUCCGGCCUUACAACAGUUACAACUGAGAGCAGUCCAAUAACACGGCCUCGGGCAGCUUAUAAGGAAGGGGGUACGUGGUGGUCCCGUACUGCUGAAGAAGGAUGUAUCAUAGUUGCAUCCAGUGACGAAUGUGUGAAAUUCCAUGAGGUUUGGAGUGGGACACGGAAGAGUACAAUGGGAACUACGGGCCAGUUGGGUGGGAGCGCUAUUUUGGAAAGUUUGGAAGGGAUUGAUUGGGAAGGGAGUGAGAUUAUUCGAUAG